GAAUUCGCUUCGCUCUAACGCUUCCUUCGCAGUGAUCUUCUAGUUCGCAAACUAAACUGCCCAUCAUGGCCAAGCUCGUGUACGUUAUCCUGGCCCUGUGCGUCGCUCAGGGAAGCUUUGCCUUCGUCCGACGUGAUGCACCAGCCCCCCCUGCCGAGGAGAACAACUUCUUCAAAAACCUGAUGGAAGUAGGAGGAAAAAUCCAGGAAGCAUUCGUCGAAACCCAGCAGAGCGUGCUGAAAUCUCUUGGAUUCCAAUCGAACGAAGAGGUGGUCCAGACGAUCCAGAAAAACACAAACCAGUACGUCGAGCGCCUGCGCACUGUCCAGGGAUCGAUCGAGGAGGAACUGAAGAAGCAUUCGGACAUCUUCGACCCGAUCGUUAAGGAUCUGAACGCUAAGCUGGCCGAGACAACCGCGACCCUGUCGCAGCAGAACCCAGAAGUUGUCCAGAAGGCGAAGGAGUACCAGCAGCAGGUUCAGAGCAACGUCCAGUCGCUGGUCGCUGAGGCCCAGAAGACGGUCGACAAGCUAAAGGAGGAAACCCGUGGCCCGACUGAGGAGCUGCAGAAGGCACUGAAGCAGAUUUACGAUUUGUCUUUCGAGACCCUCACCAAGACGGCAACUGAGCUGAAACCAAAGAACUAAACAGCCUAAGAAGUGGUCAAGGUACAAAUUGUUAAAUAAAACAUAUUUCUAAACUUC